AUUUCCGUUUUAAUUGCCGAGGAGCUUGAUUGUAUUUUUCUUCUGUGGAAUAGAGUUGGAAAAAAGUGAUAACGUUAUUAAAGUGAAGUUAAUAAUUUGUGGAUUGAUCUAACAGGCCUAAGAAAAGAAUAAUACGAAACACACCCAGACAAUUAUGGUCGGUUCAAGAGUUUACGUCGGUGGAUUGCCGUAUGGAGUUCGUGAAAGAGAUUUGGAGCGGUUUUUUAAAGGUUAUGGACGAACGCGAGAUAUAUUGUUAAAAAAUGGAUAUGGCUUCGUGGAAUUCGAAGAUUACAGAGAUGCGGAUGAUGCAGUGUAUGAGUUAAAUGGGAAAGAAUUGUUAGGAGAAAGAGUUGUUGUCGAACCUGCAAGAGGUACAGCUCGUGGUGGUCAUAGAGACCGGUAUGACGAUCGAUAUGGUGGGCGCCGCGGUGGUGGUGGUCGUUAUAAUGACAAAAACAAAAAUUCCAGAUCAUCCUCUCGUUAUGGACCGCCGCUACGAACAGAGUACCGUCUAAUUGUGGAAAAUUUAUCGAGCCGCGUUAGUUGGCAGGAUCUGAAAGAUUACAUGCGACAAGCAGGAGAAGUUACUUAUGCUGAUGCACAUAAACAACGCCGCAAUGAAGGCGUUGUGGAGUUUGCCUCAUUGUCGGACAUGAAGACUGCUAUUGAAAAACUGGAUGAUACAGAGUUGAAUGGCCGUCGUAUAACUUUAGUUGAAGAUCGUCGCGGAGGUCGUGGUGGUGGAGGACGUGGAAGGUCUCGUUCUUCGAGUUCACGUUCACGAUCCCGUUCUCGCAGACGUUCACGCUCCAGGUCCCGCCGUUCAUCAAGGUCGCGCUCCAAAUCUCGUAGUCGCUCCAAAUCACGUGGUGCCCGAUCAAAGUCAAAGUCACCAGUGAAAUCACGUUCGAGAUCUCGUUCUAACAAAUCUCGUGAAAUAUCCAAGUCUAAAUCUAAAUCGAGGUCCCGCUCACAUUCGCGCUCUCCUAAGCGUGAUUCCCGUUCACGUUCUAGGUCAGUGUCGAAGCGUGAAUCUCGUUCUCGCUCUCGAUCUAAAUCACGACGAGAUUCCAGAUCACGCGACCGCUCCGCCUCGCCAGACAACAAAUCGCGUUCCCGUUCGCGGUCUGUGUCACCGAAAAAUGGAAAUGCCUCACCUGACAGAAAUGAGAGUAUGGACGAUUAGACAUACUAUUAACAUUUUCAACCAUACACUACUAUUAUUACUACCACUUAAUCCGACAGCCUCCCCAAAAUUUUUACUAAACUUUUCAGCUAUGAAUAUUUAACGUUUAUGUAUGAAAUUAUGUAUAUGUAGUUUGCCACAUAAAAAUAAAAUAAAUAGUAAUUAUAAUUUAUAA